GGUCCUUCGCGAUACUCCGUCCGGUCCCGCCUAUUCUCUACUCCCCUGGACCUUUAGGCUUGUCUUGGCCCGUUUGAAGACCAGGAAGUUGAUAAGUCCCGAGGCUCGCUGCUGAGAGACGGUGGCUCGGGUGGGACAGUCGCCAGGGAUGGCGGAGCGUAAGGAUGGAGCGGGUGUCCGGACUGCUCUCCUGGACGCUGAGCAGAGUCCUGUGGCUGUCGGGCCUCUUUGAGCGGGGAGCUGCCCGGCAGCCCCGGAUCAUGGAAGAGAAAGCGCUUGAAGUUUAUGAUUUGAUUCGAACUAUCCGGGACCCAGAGAAACCCAAUACUUUAGAAGAACUGGAAGUGGUAACGGAAAGUUGUGUGGAGGUUCAGGAGAUAAAUGAAGAAGACUAUUUGGUUAUUAUCAGGUUCACGCCAACAGUACCUCAUUGCUCUUUGGCGACUCUUAUUGGGCUGUGCUUAAGAGUUAAACUUCAGCGGUGUUUACCGUUUAAACAUAAGUUGGAAAUCUACAUUUCUGAAGGAACCCACUCAACAGAGGAAGAUAUCAACAAGCAGAUAAAUGACAAAGAGCGAGUGGCAGCUGCGAUGGAGAACCCCAACUUACGGGAAAUCGUGGAACAGUGUGUCCUUGAACCUGACUAAUAGCUGUUUUAAGAGCCACUGAACUGGAAUCAUUUGAUAUAUUUGUUUAAACUCUUUGUAAAAUGUAAAAGACUCAUGUUUAAUAUGUAGGUGAUUUGUACCUCAGUGCAUUUUUUUAUAGGAUGAUUUCCAAGCAAGAUUUAAUUAUAAGGUAGUACCUAGUUUGUUCAGUGUUUAACAUUCUCAGGAUUUGUAACACUUAAAUGAUCGACAGAAAAAUAUUUUCUAGUAAUUAUGUAUCAGAUGAGUUACUAUUUUUCUGAUGCCCAUUCUGAUACAACUGUUUUUCAUGUCAAAUAUUUACUGUGCCCAAAUGUAUUCAGUUUAAAUCAUUACUCUGUA